AUGCCAUCGUCGAGUGUUCCCAUAGUGAGCAACCUGAUAGCUGCUAUUCGGCUACUGAUAAACGACAGACUGCGGGGAAAGGAUCGUUUCGAUACUGUGGUCCUUUCCACCUUCACCUGGUUUGUGCUCCUCUUUGCCUACCGAUUCUGGAAGUACUCGCAGCGAUAUGGCCUUCAUCAAGGAUUCGAGGUUCCUCUCAAGCGCUACGCGCUAAACCAG